CUGCCCUUUAACUCCAAAUGUGCACCUGAGUCCCUUGGGUUAUGCACACCUAUGUCUCUGCUGGGGUGGAAGCUGCCUCGGGCAUGGGGGAGGGGCUCAGGGCCUGGGGUGUGGAUGCGUCAGGGAGAGACAGGGGAAGAGGAAGUGUCUUGGUCCUGAGGAGAACGGGCUUGGUGGGUGGGGACAGUCAUUGUCAGCUUUCUGGACACACAGACACAGACAGGAUGGACUUCCUCCGGCUACACCUCCCUGGGCUGCAUCAGGCCUUGAGGGGGGCACUGGAUUCCUUCAGCACCUUUGUGUCCUACCUCAUAGGAGAUGGAGUCCCCACGGUACAGAGGGAGGCACAGGCGGCAGAGGAGCUGGGGGAGGUGGCUGCAGGAGAGCCAGGGAAGGCUGUAGAGGUCAAAGCCCAGGAGGCCCUGGAGAGUCUUAGAGGGAGCCAAAGUGAGGGAGUUGGAGGGCUGGGAAGGUCUGGAGGAACCGGAAGAUGCCAGGAGGGCAGCUCAACUGGUGAGCAGUUCUGGAGGUGGGGAGCAGACAGCUCCCACGGUUCCCAAGCAGAUAGGCAGGACACUGAGACCUGGGAGGUGGCCAGGGGCCAGGAGCCAAGUGCCCCCUUGGAAGCUGGGAAGGAGUCUGAGGCAGGGCCUGGGAUUUACCGGGACAGGAGCAGUGGAACCUGGAAGAGUCAGGAGCCCGGUGAGCAGGAAGUGAGCAGAGGGGAGAUGUUGAGAACCUGGGAACAGCAGGAGGAGGAGGAAGAGGUCAGGGUGACAGAGCCAGGGAUGGCUAGAGGGGUGGAGUCACAGUUGACCUGGCACCAGGAGCCUGAGUGGAGGGCAGACACUGAUGGGCAGAAGUUGGCAGAAGACAGAAGAGAGACAGAGCAGGUGAUCAAGGAGGCCAGUGCAGAAACCAAGGAACCUGGAGCUGAAGGAGCUGGGAGGGGAGAAGAGGGAGUGAUCGUGGUGAGGGGUGAUGAAAGCACAAGGGUACAGGAGUCACAGGGCCCAGGAAUAGAGUCUGAGGACUAUGUAACCUCAGGCAGAGAAGAAGCCAGUACAGCCUGGGACAGAAAGGAGGCCAGGACCUCCUCAGGCCAGGAGGAGGCCAGGGCAGCCUCGAUCAGGGAGGAGGCUGACCUCCUAGGAGUCAAGGAGACAGAAUAUAGGUCAGUCCCAGGAGAAGGAAUGCCAGAAGCCACUGGGAUAGUCUGGGUCCUAGAGGAGGCUCCCAUGGGAGACCAGGAGGAAGAGGUAUAUGAGAAGAAAGAGGAUGAGAAGAGAGAGGAUGAAACAAGGCUUUUCCCCAGACAGACCCAGGCCCUGGGAAUGAAGGGAACAGAGGAGGUGGCUGAGGGCCAGACAGCAGGGAGAGAGGCUACAGGAGGCAAGAAGCCAGAGUCAGGGGAUAGCUCUGAGGGUGAGGCUGAGGAGCAAGCUGAUGGGGCCAGUCUGGAGGAGGUGGCACAGAUAGAGGAGGCGCAGGGGGAGAAGGGGAGUUGCCAAACCGUGGAGCCUGUGCUAGCCAUGGACAAGGAUGCUGAGAUUGAGGCUGAUUUGGAGGCAGUCCCAGAGACCAGGCCUGAGGAGGAGUUCAUGGGGGAGAAGAGUAAGGAGGCUCAGAUGAACCAAAAAAUAUUGGAGGUGAAGUUUACUGAGGGCCAGGAGCCUGAGCCAAUGGGAGGCACCCAGACCCCAAAUGAGCAACCUGAGGAAGGACAGGGGGGUCAGCACAAGCUUGGGAGAAACCUGGGCCUGUGCAAAGAGGAGGCAGAAAGCAGGGUGGAGGCACACCUCAGGCUGGUGGCAGAAACCUUGGAAAACCAGAAGAGAAGGGAUGUGGAGAGCAGAAAUGCCCAAGAAGAAAAAGCAGGUACUGAAGGCACAGAGGAGGCAGCUGCAGGAGACCAGGCACUGGAGGCCAAGGCCGAGGGAGGCCAGGAGUCUGAACUGUCAGAAGUCCUGGGAUGUGGAGCAGAGGAAGGCCAGGCCUCUGUCUCAGAGAACCAGGAGCUGGAGGGACACCAAGGGGCAGAGGCAGAGGCAGGGCCAGGCCAGUCACUGGAAGAGUCAGAGGCCGGAGAAAGCAAGUUCAGUGAAAUGGAGACUGCAGUACCAUGGGAGACAGACAGAGUAUCCAGGGGAGGCUGCAAGCUGGAGGAGGCAGUCCUGAGCCUCCAGGACAGCAAGGACCCACAGACCAGUUCUUUGUCUGCUGAGAUUGUGAAGGAAGCCCUUCCACACAGGGCUGCUGGGGCUGGGGAAGGACCAGACCAGGAGGCUGGGGUGGCUUGGGAGGGGGCAUUUGAAAGAAGCUGGGACUCUGAAGGAAGAGAGGAGGCUGUGGAGAUAGAGAACCAAGGUGGGCAGGAAGUUGGCUCAGUGGGCUCAGCAGAGGAGGAGGCAACUGACCACAGUAGCCAAGCAGAGGCUAGUGAGGCCAGGAAGGAAGAGCAGGCAGAGGUGGGGGGAUCCACCAUGACAGAGAGAAGCAAUGAGAUGGAUGGCGUUACGUCAGUCUCUCAGGGAGCGAGAACAGAGAGAGACACAGCCAUGGUGGAGGCUGAGGGGCUCCUCGGAGAGCAGAUGGUAUUGGAAGAAGAGACUGAGGGAGAGCAAGUGAGAGAGCAGAGGAAAGGCAGUAAAGACCAUCAUGAAAAGGAAGAGACACAAAGGCUGCUAGAUGCGGAGGACAUCAUGACUAGAGGCCAGAUGCCAGAGGCCCAGCAGGCUGGUCCAGGCCUAAAGGACAUCCAGGGCCAGGAGGAGCAGCCUGCACACCAAGUGCCUGCAGAAGCCGGUCUUGGGUCCUCAGAGACGGCCGAGCCCUUGGAAAGUACCAGAGGGGAUACUGACAGCUGCUGGAGUGAGGCACUGCUCCCCGGAUCCCGCCUGGACGUCUCUGUCCCACGGAGCCGCGUGCUCCUCUCACGAAGUUCAUCACAGCGACGCUCGAGGCCCUCUUUCCGUCGGACCCCUGCCGCUGAGCAGCAGGAGGACUCUCCCUGCCCCCAACCUGAGGAGGGGCUGUUGGCCCCUGAACAGAGACCUCUGCAGUCAGAGGAAGCCCCAGAGCACAGCCCCCCAAGGCCUGAAGGGACCCCAAUACCAGCCAGACGAAGGCCGCUGGGCCAUGGGUUUGGCCUUGCUCACCCCAGCAUGAUGCAGGAGCUGCAAGCCCGAAUGGGCCGGCCCAAGCCCCAGUGACUGGGACUUGACCUCUCCGUGAGCCAGGGCCUGAGGAAGGAUCGGAAGGUUCUGCUAGGCCCUGCUCAACCCCGACUCCCUCACUGUGGUCCUCAGUUUCUUGGUGCACAGACACCUGUGAAGGCAUUGUACUUAAGGAGCCUGAUUCUCUAAUGCAGGCUGGUGGUUCACCUGCCCCACUAGGGCCUCCUGUCAUGGGUCCUGCAUCGGAUGCCUCCCCAGUUGGUCUGAACUGCCCAGAGAUAGCAAGGAAGGCUGGGGGUCGGACACCAUUGUCCCACUAUUGUCCCUUUCUGGCCCCCACACUCCCACCCUGCCCAGUUCCAUGGAGUUGUAUAAGAUAGUGUACCACCGGGGUGGAAGCCAGCCCGCAGAAAAGUUCAAAGGGCCUGGGGCCGCCGCUUGGAAACAAAGGGCCACAGGUAGCAAGCUAGCUGCUUUGAAUUUCCAAAAUGCUAACUCAGUCUCAGAAUUCUGCUGAUUAUUCUGGCAACCACCAACUGAGCAGGUCAGAGUAAGGGAAGAUGAGUUGGCAACCCCAAAAAUGUGGGAGCUGAGAAAGAACUGGGUGGCUAGAGGGUACCAACUCCAUCUCAGGCCAUCCUGCCCUUUGGGUGUCAGGCAUUCUCUUGCGUAAAGACUCAGAGACACAAAGAGGGCGAGGGUUUUAUUAGAUGCCCAGCAUGGUAGCCCAGUCCAAGGAUGAAA